AUGCUCCAAACAGCCUCGUCCAGCUUCCUUUUGCGCAGAUCAACUUCGUCCGCCACCACAGCAGCACGCAAUGUGCGGGCGCUGGUUUGCAGUAGCUGCUCCAAUCGGCCGGCCUCUCGACCUUUCUCCUUGCUCGCCGCAUCAGGUCGGCCAGCUAAAACCGUCACCACCAAUACUGGAGCCAAGCUUGCGCGUCACCGUCUUCGCCCACUGCGCACCACAGCGACCUUAUCAUCAUCCGUAGCAGCUGCACCGACCGACAAGGACCCGACGCCAACCGAACCAAGUGAAACCGAACAUGCUGUCAUCUCCACCUUCGAUCUAUUCUCAGUCGGUAUCGGUCCCUCAUCUUCGCACACCGUUGGUCCCAUGCGUGCCGGUGUCAUCUUCGUCUCCGACUUGGCCGAUAUGGAUCUCCUCGACCGCGUCCACACGAUCAAGAUCAACCUUUACGGAUCACUCGCUUUGACUGGGGCAGGCCACAUGACACCGCAAGCGCUGCUGGGUGGUCUGGAAGGCGAUGAUUGCGAGACCGUCGACCCACCUUCUGUGCCGGUGAGGUUCGAAGAGAUCAAGCAGGCCAAAAAGCUGCACUUGGGCAAAAACCUUUUCAAAACGCUGGGAGGAGCAAAUGCUGAGGAUGGCAAGGAGGUCACCAAGGGCAAAUUGAUCGAUUUCGAUUACGAUCGAGACCUCAAGUGGAUGUUCGGUCAAGUGCUGCCUCAUCAUUCGAACGGGAUCAGGAUGAGCGUCUUCGACGAGCAAGGCGAGAUGCUUGCUACCAACGAUUACUAUUCGGUCGGCGGAGGCUUCGUUGUCAAUGGGGCUCUUGCAACGCCUACAUCGUCCGCUUCUUCCACAAAGGCUCACUCUGAGUCAGAGAAGAGCCAAGACAGCAACUUGAUCUCCGCGGUCUCACUCCACGACGAGACACUGGAAGUCGCAGCUCAUCCGAUCGACUGGGGAGAAAACGUCUUCUACAAGCAAAUUCGUCGCAGCGACGCUGAUUCAGGGCGUAGAGCUGGCUCUGCACCCACCGUUGAAGGCCUCCUACCUCAAGUCGAAGCGCCUACACCCCUCGACCCUCCUUCCUCCCCACCCAUCCCCUCCUCCCCUACACCCACGCAUUCUCCCGAAAAGCUCACCGCGCGACCGCCUUCCGGCCCACCCUUCCCUUUCCACAACGCAGCCAGCUUGCUCCGCCAAUGCAAGACGCGCAACCUCACCAUCGCGCAAGUCGUCUACGAGAACGAGCUGACCUGGAACCCUCCGGAGAUUGUGCACGACAAGCUGGUCAAGAUCUGGACCACAAUGGACGAAUGCAUCCGAGCAGGUGUCGAGAACGAGGAAAAGGUGCUGCCGGGGCCGUUAGCGGUGCGGAGGCGAGCGCCGCAGCUGUACGCGAGGCUGUUGCGCGGUGUGUAUCGCGGCGGUGCUUCGCUCGGUGCUCCUGAGAACGGCAAGGCUGAGAUCGCACCAGGCAUAGACUCUGCCCCUCCUCGAGCUCCGAAAUCGACAUCGCUUGAUCUGACCUCACCACUCGUCACCCGCCCUCGUAUCAUCGGAUCCUUCAACCACCCCAUCAUGCCCUGUCCACCGCGUCGCACCAACUUCCCCGCCAUCGACUACCUCACCUGCUACGCCAUUGCCACCAACGAACAAAACGCCGCAGGAGGUCGAAUCGUCACCGCUCCCACCAACGGUGCAGCCGGUGUCCUCCCUUCGGUCCUCAAGUACUGCUUCGAAUUCAUCUUUGACGACGAUCCCGUUCGAGACCUUACCAACUUCCUUCUCACCGCAUCCGCCAUUGGAAUGCUUUUCAAACGCGGUGCCACACUCUCCGCUGCCGAAGGUGGGUGUAUGGCAGAAGUAGGCGUGGCGACGGCAAUGGCAGCAGCUGGAUUCGUCGCCGUAUUGGGAGGAAGUCCCGAAAAGGUCCUACAGGCUAGUGUCAUCGGUAUCGAACACAAUCUCGGUCUCACCUGCGAUCCGCUCAACGGUCAGGUUCAAAUCCCCUGCAUCGAACGAAACGCUCUCGGCGCGGUAAAAGCCGUCACCGCCGCUCAACUCGCCCUCGCAGGCGACGGAAAACACUCCGUAAGCCUAGACGACGCUAUCACCGCUAUGAGGGAAACAGCUAGAGACAUGCACACCAGCUACAAGGAGACCAGCUUGGGCGGUCUUGCCACAGCCGUAAAAGUCCCAGUCGCGAUCCCUGAUUGCUGA